GUCACCAAGUUGAUUCCAGCCCUCCGUGUCAGAGGGGGUUGGGCUGAUUUAGGAGGGGGAGGUUUAGAGCCCUCUUCUUUCCAGCUGAAGGUCUCCGGGGAGAAUCAAACUACCACGUCUGCAGCGGGGAGAGAGGGGAAGAGGAGAGAAGGAUCAAAAUAAGCCGACCGGAGGACAGGGAAGAGAGAACACCGAGGAUUCGAGACUGCUUCAUGAAAACAACGCCGGCUGCAACAUCUGGAGCGAAGCGCAGGCCGAAUUUGGACAUAAAAGUCAAAUGAUGGCACCAGAGCUGAAAUCACAUGUCCUACUGCUGCUGCUGGCGGUGGUGUGGGAGCUGAGCGCGCAGGGAGCGACAGAGCGACAAAUCAAUCCAGAGUCAUGGCUGCAACAGUACGGUUACCUGCCUCCGGGGGACCUGAGGACCCAUGCCCUCCGCUCCCCUCACUCCGUCUCCUCAGCCAUCGCUGCCAUGCAGAGGUUCUACGGCCUAACUAUCACCGGCACCUUCGACGACCACACCAUCGAGGCCAUGAAGCGACCGCGAUGUGGAGUGCCAGAUAAGCUUGGUUCCGAGCUGAAGAGCAACCUGAGGAGGAAGCGAUACGCUAUCCAGGGCCUGAAGUGGAACAAGAGAGACAUCACUUUCUCUAUACAGAACUACACCCCAAAGGUGGGUGAGUACGAGACCCAUGAGGCCAUCAAGAAGGCCUUCAAGGUGUGGGAGAGCGUCACCCCACUACGUUUCAGGGAAAUCCCCUACAGUUACAUACGGGACAAGGUUGAAGAGUUUGCAGACAUCAUGAUCUUCUUUGCUGAGGGUUUCCAUGGCGACAGCAGCCCAUUCGAUGGAGAGGGGGGCUUCCUGGCACAUGCCUAUUUCCCCAGUAAUGGCAUCGGUGGAGACACCCACUUUGAUGCCGCUGAGCCGUGGACGAUUGGGAACCAGAAUCUGUAUGGCAAUGAUGUAUUCCUGGUUGCGGUGCACGAACUGGGUCAUGCACUGGGUCUGGAGCACUCCGUUGACCCGUCGGCCAUUAUGGCUCCCUUCUAUCAGUGGAUGGACACAGAAAACUUUGAACUUCCUGACGAUGACCGCAGAGGCAUACAACAACUUUAUGGGUCUGGAUCGGGCCCUCAGCCCCCUCCUGUAACACCCCGUACGCCUAACCAUAACCCACAGCCCACAUAUUCACCAGAAAAGCCUCGCUAUGGCCCCAACAUCUGCGAUGGACACUUUGACACCAUAGCCAUCCUUAGAGGAGAAAUGUUUGUGUUCAAGGAUAAGUGGUUCUGGCGAGUGCGUAACAACCAUGUAUUAGAUGGAUACCCCAUGCCGACCGGUCACUUCUGGAGGGGGUUGCCCACUCAUAUUAAUUCUGCUUUUGAAAGGGAAGAUGGGAAAUUUGUUUUCUUUAAAGGGGACAGGUACUGGUUGUGCAGUGAAUCUCUUCUGGAGCCUGGUUACCCCAGGAGCCUGACGGAAAUGGGCACUGGGCUUCCCAAAGAUCGAAUAGAUGCUGCUCUCUACUACACACCCACUGGACAAACAUUCUUCUUCAGGGCAAACAAAUAUUACCGUUUCAACGAAGGAUCACGAACUGUUGACGAUGGCUAUCCAAAAUCAAUUAGUGUGUGGCAGGGAGUGCCUGACAACAUUAAGGCAGCCUUCAUGAGCAAAGAUCAAGCGUACACCUACUUCUACAAAGCCAACAAGUACUGGAAGUUCAAUAACCAGAUGAUGCGUGUGGAGCCAGGAUACCCCAAAUCAGCCCUUCGUGACUGGAUGGGCUGCCCUAAUGAAGACCCCAAGACGGACGGAGGAAGAGGUGGAGGUGGACACGACAAGGACAAGGAGAGAGAGAAAGAAAAGGAGCGGGAGGAUAAGGACGGAGCUAAAGAUAGAGAGAGGGACACAGAUAGGGAGAGAGAGACAGAGAAGGAGGAGGAUACGGAGGUGAUCAUUAUCGAAGUGGAUGAGGAGGGAGGGGCAAGUGGCGGAGCUGCAGCAGCGGCAGUGGUGGUGCCGUUGUUCCUGUUAGUGUGUGUGAUUGCUACGCUGGCAGCCUUGGUGUUUUUCCGUCGCUAUGGUACCCCACGCCGACUUCUCUACUGCCAACGAUCUUUACUGGACAAGGUGUAGACGGGAGGAGGAGGGGAGGGAGAGGGGAGUGAAAGACAGGGAGAGAAAAAGAAAACAAAGUGGAAGGAAAUGUUAAACACAGAUAACAGAGCAGGAGAGAAGGAGGUAAAACAAGAGAAAGAGCAGAAGGAAAAGCACCAGACUUGCAUUUUAAAAUAUUUUUUACCACUGCCAGAUUCCUUUUGCUCUGUCUCUCAACCACUCCAUCCUUCCAUUUUUAAAAAACAUUUUCUCUCUCCCUUCUCUCUCUGCCUCUCUCCUGAUACUGACGCCAGCUCUUUGCUGUUUGUUUUAGCCUUUUUCAAUGUCUUAUUUUUAGUUUUUGCCAGUGGUCAGUGUUUUUGUCCUUGUGAAUUCUCGGCUUUGAACCUGCAUCUUCAUGACGCCCAUUCUAGCAUGUUCCUUUGCGUAAGCAAACACUGUGUUUGAUCUGUUCGUUCUUCCCCCUUGUUAACUUGCACACAGUCACAUAAACACAAACAUUUGGAAACCGCAGUGGUCUUAGUCAUUGUUUCUUAAUCCUCCAUUAAAGCAACAUGUCAGAGCCAGUAUGGACCAUAAAAGGGAAACAAAACAGGAGCUUAUGUCCUUAUGAAGCAUCAGAAACACUCCUCUGAGAGUAAAACAAUAAAUACAACUGUGUCUUUUCCUUUUUUAUAUCAAUGUCUAGUGCUGAUUAUUAUUAUAAAUGAUGUUGUCAUUAUUAUUAUGACUAUUACUAUUAUUGUUGUUGUCCUUCGUGUAAAGAAUGUGUUUUUGUACAUUGUCAUUAAAAAGUCCUGCUGGACAGUGACAUACAGUUUUGAAAGUGGCCUUAAUUUUAUAUAUGUGGGGACAGUGAAUGGGGAAGGGGGUUAUGUAUUCUUGAAACUUGAUUGUUUUUUUUACCUUGAAUCCAUUUCAAAUGAAAAUAAAUUGACGAUCUGAAAAUGA